GGGACGAGCGGCAGCAGCAGCGGUGUGCAACAUGAGAGCCAUGGAACACAGCAUACUAAAGUGCCUCCUCUUCAUAUCACUCUGCUCGGCAUUUGGAUCUGCCCUGGAAUGUUAUGUGUGUGAAUCUAAAGAAGACUCUCUGUGCACUAAGCAGUCAUGUGGCAAUGACCAGGACGCCUGCCUGAACGUCACCUUUCACAACAAUCAUUUCUUCCGCCGCUGCUGGACCAAGCGAAAGUGUAACAACAAGGACGUGCAGGCGGGGUUCAAUAUCGAGUCGGGAUUGACACUUAGCUGCUGCAGCUUUAACUUGUGCAACUCCAAGAGCGGUGUGGAGCCUGGACCAGUCGUACACAUCUAUCUGCUGGGUCUGCUCUCUGCUUUUACCAGUCUGCAUCUGUGCUGGUCCCAAAGCUGAAAACAUCCCUCGUUCCUGAACAUCCUCUGUUCACCGUUUAAGGAAGGAAGGAUUGUCCUGAAUGCCAUGAGCUGUACUUACUUGGGUUACCCACUAAAUGUCUGUAGUCUUUGUAUUGCACUCAUCUCUCCCCCCCUCCCCUCCAAAAGAUGGAGCACAUUCCCUCCAGAAGAUUGGGGUCACUUUCAACUGGCAUUUGUUAGGUUUUGUCAUCUUCUAAAACCACUGCACUGGAGAUUAAACCAGAGUAUUAAACCUUGCAGCUACUGUGCAAAUGGAUACUCAUGCCUGACCUGAACCUGUGUCAAUGAAUGCAUAUCUAACAUGUUCGAUGCACCCCAUGUCUUCAAUUCUCCAACCCCCUUGCAUUAACUAACCCAGCCCAAGGCUAAUAUGCACAACAGACAGAUUAAGAUGCUGCUUCCAGGUAACAAUCUGUUCUGGUCUGGUCUAAUGCUCAAGAUGCCAGCAGAAACUAAUGAUGGCUUUGUUGCGGAGUAAUUUGCACCCAAUGAAUGAUGGGGUAAAGUGACAUGUAUAUACUUUACUGAUGCUUUUGUACUGCAAUUAUUGAUUAUAAAUAAAAAACCUUUUUUGGUAAAAGUA